AUGAUCAAUCAUUUUAGGACAUUCUUUACAUUGCUCCUAGCAUUCUUGUUUGCUCGUCAUGUCGACUCUUUGGGAGACACCGACACCAUCACAUGGGGUGGUGACAACGGCCGCUCCGGCUACCAGACAAACCACAAUAUGGAUCCUUCUGUUGUCGCUGGAGCAUCCUUCGGUCAGCUGUGGAGAGCAGCACUACCCGGCAACUUCAAUGGUAUUGGUCCUGAGCAGAUUUUCUCUCAGCCUCUGGUUUACACUGGUGAUGACGGCAUUCAAUAUGUCUACAUUGCCACGACGCAGAAUAACUUGUACAAGAUCAACGCAAAGACCGGAGCUAUCGUGAAGAGCCGCAACAUGCAUGUCCCAUUCUUGACUGCUGAUCUUGAUGGAUGUGUUGACAUCAACCCUUCGGUUGGUGUCACUGCUACUGGAGUCAUCGAUCCUUCGACUGGCAUCUGGUACUUGACCUCCAAGACAUACUCCGAUCAAUUCCAGGAUGGCGCUUUCACAGUCAAGAGUCCUCCGGGUCGUCUCAAUGGUCGCUACUAUUUCCACGCCAUCAACACAGCAGAUCUUUCGGAGGCCAGUGGCUUCCCGAAAAUGAUUGAUGGCCUCCAGUUUAGGAACAACCCUAAUCGCAUGUUCCAGGGAGGCAACACUCACGCUCGUCCUGGUAUGCUUCAGGUUGGUGACUACAUUUACACUGGUUGGGCUUCCCACUGUGUUCAGUACAACUUCACUGGUGCUCUCAUCGGGUUCCACCGCACCACUGGUGCAGUCGUGGAAGCAUUCGCCAUGGAAGGUGGCCCUGAGGCGAACACAGUCAAAGGCGCUGGUGUCUGGAUGAGUGGUGGUGGCCUUUCAUAUGACAAGGGCAGCAUUUUCAUCGCCAGCGGUAACGGUUAUGCUUCGCAGCUCAAGUCUACAGGUGAUGCUCUACCUGGUCGCCAGCCUCCCACUGCUUUGGAAGAGGCAGCUGUCAACUUCGUCGUUGGAGGCGAUGGUAGUUUGACCCCUGUCGACUUCUUCAUGCCUUGGGAGAAAACUCAACUUGAUGGUGCCGACAAGGAUCUUGGAACCACUCCUCUUGAGAUUCUGCCCAGCAACGUCUUUAGCUGUGCAAACGUCAAGCGAAUGGGUGUCGUUACCGGCAAGUCUGGAAAGACGUACUGGCUCAAUCUUGAUAACCUUGGAGGUUAUCAGAUGGGACCGAACAGACUGGAUGCCGCUGUUCAGGUCUAUCAAAACGAGAACUCUGUCUACGCUGGAGCCGGUGUCAUGCCACUUGGUGGCGGUUACGUCUACAUCAACGUCAUUCAGUAUCAGACGCAUGUCUUCAAAUUCAGCUGCUCUGCCGGUGGAGAUCCUCAGUUCACUCUAGUCUCAAACACUCCGGAGAAGAACGCAUAUAUUCUAGGAGUUGGCCACGGCACUACCACCUCCCUGAACGGACAGGAGGGCACUGGUCUGCUCUGGACUACCGACGUUGAAGGCUACAACUUACGUAUCUAUGACGCUAUACCCCCUGCCGACGGUGGUAACUUGAAGCUCCUGAGGGCCUUCAAUAUUCCCGGUGUUACCAAAUUCUCUCGCCCCGUUUUUGGAAAUGGUAUCGCCUAUGUCGGUACUACUCAGGGGUACCUGUACGCGUUUGGUUCGCCAGUCAACUUGCCCCUGAACUGUUCCUCACCGUAUGAGUUCCCCAACACUGCAAUCGGCAAUGUCUCGGCACCCCUCUCCAUCACCUGCAAGGCUCUCAUUGAUCUAACUGUGACUGGAGUCGGUUUGACCGGCAACCCUAACUUCAAGGUGGGGGCAGUGAACACACCUUUGGCAUUGACCGCAGGUCAGACCUUCAGUGUGAGCGCCACCUUUGCGCCCAACACAGUCGGUUUGCUAUCUAGCGAUAUCCUAGUCAACACUACCAACAAUGUCGCUAAGUACUCAGGAUCGACUCCCAUCACCCUGAAGGGUACCUCGAAUUCGGCUAAGCCUCUGCUGGCAAUCGCACCCAAUACCGUUUCCUUCAAUAUUGUUGCAGGGCAGCAAGCUGAUGGCGUUACCCAGUCUUCUCUCAUCAGUAACAGGGGCGACAAGCUUUUGACCGUGCAGAGCAUCCAGUACUCAACGACCAGCGAAAGCGGCCCUUGGGUGACUCCCAACAUUACAACCGAUGGUGCUGUUCAGGUCGGAUACUUUACCUUCUUCAACAUGCCUGCCACCAUUGAAGGCAAAACGGUAUCCACUGUCAACAUCAACUACAACCCCACAGCUCCUGGCAACCAUGCCGUAUACGUCAAGUUCACGACUGACGGCGGUAACGGCUUGCUCGACGUAUUGGGUGUUGCUGGCACCAACCCUGCUGCUCUCAUUGAAUUUCAAACUCCGGACGGCUCCGGCUGGGUAACAUACCAAUCCGGCGUGCCAUUCUCUUUCGGAAAUGUUACCGAAAACCAGACAAGAAACCUGAAGAUGCGCAUCACCAAUAACGGUACUGGUUCAGCAGUGCCCUUGUCACUUACCGUUUCGAAGCCUCCUUAUGGUGUCUCCGGCCUAAUUGGUGCUGUGAACAACGUCGAUCUGGCCGAGGGUACUCUUCUCCAGGCAAAUCAGAGCCAGACUGCUACACUAUACUGCUCAGUGCCAAGAUCGCAAGUCAACAUGGCAGACUACAAUGGCACUGCUGUCUGGACACUCAACACCGGAGACCCCAACAUGGGCAAGCAGACUAUCCAAUUCACUUGCAACGCAGUCUCUGAGCAGGUUGGACCGCUUCUUGGCAAUGGUGUUGCUCAAUACAAGUACACUGGCUGCUUCAGAGAAAACAACCCUGGCCGACAACUUUCUACCAACCCCCUGAGCGGUAACGACAUGACCAAUGAGAAGUGUAUCAAUAAGUGCUCCUCUCUCGGAUAUCGUUUCGCGGGGACCCAGUAUCUCACCCAGUGCUGGUGCGGAAAAGCAUUGCCUCUUCUCAAGGACAAUGAGAAUGACUGCAACUACAACUGCGCCGGAAACGAAAACCAAACUUGCGGUGGCAAUGGUUACUUCCACAACCAGUCUCAGAUCUCUCUGUUUGCUGAUUCUACUCGUUUCGAUGGCAAUGUGACAACUCAGACUCUGCAGAUUGUGCCCUCUUACAAAAACUACAACUACGCCGGUUGUUGGGCCGAGAGUGGUGGAAAGACCUUGACCGCUGCAACCACGAGCUCUGAUUCUAUGACCAUUGAGAUGUGCGGAGACUUCUGCAUAGCCAAGGGAGCCAGCUUCUUUGGUGUGUCUUACGCUGCCGAGUGCUACUGUGGGUCAAAAAUUGCUGCAACCUCUAAACUCACCCUCGACAGCAAGUGUUCUAUGACUUGCAAGGGAUCCAACAGCCAGUACUGCGGAGCCGGAAACCUCAUUACACUGUACAGUAACACUACGAACAGCGUGUCAUCAAGCUCGAGUAUUGUUAGCUCAACGACAUCCUUGGUGUCAAGCUCCAGCGUCAGUAGCUCUUUGAUCUCUUCGGACUCUUCUUCCAGCAUCAGCAGCUCUACGAUCUCCUCGGCAUCUUCAUCGGGUGCCACUAGCUCGGGACUCACAUCAGUGUCAUCCUCCUCGAGUGUCACUAGCUCGGGAGUUGCAUCGACAUCAUCCUUGAGUGUCAGCGGUUCUGAUGUCUCCUCAUCGUCUUCGACUAUUGUCAGCUCGCCGACAUCCUCGGUUUCAUCUUCGAGCAUCUCCUCUAUUGUAUCAACGACAAGUACUAGUACUUUGGCCUCAGCUACACCAACCGGGCCUGUCGCCAAACAGACCGUUAGAUCUUAUGUCUACCAAGGCUGCUACACUGAGAUCGGCGGCCGUGCCCUCAAUGUUAAGUCGUUCUCUAACAGCUCGAAUAGCUUGGAGUUCUGUGCCACAUUCUGCACAGGUUUUACGUUCUUUGCAACCGAGUAUGCAAGCGAAUGUUACUGCGGAAACACCUUGGCUCCCGCUUCUGUACCUGCUACUGACGGCCGCUGCAACAUGAUUUGUUCCGCAGACAAGUAUGAAUUUUGCGGAGGUCCUAAUGGAUUGAGUCUAUACAAGCUCGGGCCUGUUGUGGUCUCAUCGAGCUCCGCAAGUAGUUCCAUCCAGUCUUCGUCGAUCAGCAGUUCCAGUGUUAUUUCGACAUCAUCGGCCUCUGUUAGCUUGUCGUCCUCGUCAGCCAGCAGCUCUAGCGCUCUCUCUGCGUCAUCGGUCUCCGCUGGCUCCUCUUUGAGCAGCAGCAGCAGCAUUUCUUCGUCGAGCGUCGCUACUUCUUCAUUGAGUAGCAGCAGCACUAUUUCCUCGUCGAUCAGCAGCGACGCCUCAUCAUCAACUACCAGCGCUGUUUCAUCUUCCUCGACCAGCAACACUAUCUCCUCGUCUUCGAGCAGUGCAGCGCCAUCUUCGUCAAGUAUUGUCCUGUCUUCCUUGACUAGCUCGAUUUCUUCAUCGAUUACCAGCGAUACUCCCUCUUCUUCGAGCGCGGUUGCAUUAUCCUCGUCGAGCAGCAUUCUUUCGUCGUUGUCUUCGUCUACAAGCAGCGUCGUGUCAUCUUCCUCUACUACGAGUGACGUCUCCUCAUCGUCGAGCAGCAUCAUUUCUUCGUCUUCGGGCAGUGUUGUCUCAUCUCCAUCGAGUAGCACAGCCUCUUCUUCGUCGAGCGGUACCACGUACUCAUUGUCUUCGUCGAGCAGUGUCGUCUCUUCGUCCAUUAGCAGUGAUGCUAGCUCGUCAUCCAGCGGCACGAUUUCUUCGUCCUCAAGCAGUGUCGCGCCUUCCUCAUCUAGCAGCAUUGUUUCUUCUGGCUCGACAUCAGAGUCUGCAACAGUAAGCUCUUCCUCCGCCAGCUCGACCUCAGCAAGCUCUACAUCUGCCAGCUCUACAUCUGCAAGCUCUACAUCCGCAAGCUCUACUUCAGCAGGCUCUACUUCGGCAACUUCGACUUCAAGCUCGGCGAUUAGCUCAUCAAGUUCCGUGGCAAGUGCAACUACUAGCUCCUCGUCCUCGUCAAGCUCGGUGGCAAGUUCAUCCUUGACUUCAGUGAUAUCUUCAUCUAGUACCGCUGCUAGUUCUACGUCAAGCUCAGCUACUCCGACAGGUCCUAGAGUGAUCCCCACAGUCUCAAGCUAUGUUGCUCAAGGCUGUUACAGCGAAGCAACCAGCGGACGUGCCCUUGCAGCCACUUCAUUCACAAACAGCACCGGUAUGACUCCCGCCAUGUGUGCUGCCUUCUGCACAAAAUAUGCUAUGUUUGGAGUCGAAUACGGUGUAGAGUGCUACUGUGGUCCUUACCUUCGCCCAGGAAGUGUUAAUGUCACCGACAGUGCUUGUAACAUGCCCUGCCCUGGAGACAAGCUCGCUUUGUGCGGAGCUGGCAACAGAUUGAACGUCUACUACAGCAACGACACCUCCAAGGCUUCCACUGAUCCUCGCAACCUUGACACAGUCGGCAACUACAAGUUCUACAACUGUGUCAAGGACAGCCCUCGUGUUUUGAACACUGUCUCCUUUAACAACAACAUGACUGUUGAAAACUGUCAGAAGCUUGCUGAGGCCGGCAGCUAUCAAUUCUUCGGAGUCGAGUAUGCCCGUGAGUGUUAUCUGGGCAACACCAUGACUAGUGGCACGCAGAAUGCCACGAUGACCGACUGUAACAUGGCUUGUGCUGGCAACCCUGGCCAGCUCUGUGGAGGUGGUACUAGGCUCUCUCUUUACAAGAAAAGCACUUGA